GUUUUGUUUUGUUUUUUUUUUCUUCUUCUCCUUUUUAUAUUAUUCAGUUUGUAAAUGACAAUUCCUAAUCUGCCUUCUCCAUCUCAUUCAACUAAUUCAAGGUAAUAGUCUUUUAAAUUGAAUAGAAACGCGUUAUAUACUAAAAAAAUAAGGCUGAUAACUUUGUAGAGGAAUGGUAUCAACUAAUCAUAUUCCAAGUUCUUCAUUUCCCAUAAGUUCUACAUCUUCGUCAACUUAUGGUCAUCACCCAUUAGUCAAUAACAAUACUUCAUCCUAUCAUCUACCUCCUUUUCCAAAUAUGGCAUCCAAUAGUUUACUCUUUCCACCACCGCCUCCGCCGUUAUCUUCAUCUUCAUUAUCGGGAAUUAAAAAGCGUACUAUUUCCUCAGUUACCACUACGGCAAAUUCAUUAUUACAUAAGGACGACCUUACAUCAUCCUAUCGUCCAUUAAACGUGACUGAUGCCUUAACCUAUCUUGACCAGGUCAAAACGUGUUUUGCUGAUCAACCUAUUGUUUAUAACAAAUUCUUAGAUAUUAUGAAAGACUUUAAAAGUCAAGCAAUCGAAACACCUGGAGUUAUUGAACGCGUCUCUAUUUUAUUCAAAGGACAUCCAGAAUUAAUAUAUGGUUUUAAUACAUUUUUGCCUUCAGGAUACCGUAUUGAAUAUGAUUCAUGUGAUUCUACACGUAACAGUAUCAUUGUCAUUUCACCUACCAAUCAGCAGCAGCACUUUAAUCAUAUUUUGAAAUUACCUCUGCCUACACCAGUUAUUAUGCAGCAGCAGCAGCAACAACAACAACAACGGCCUCCUCCUCCUCCCCCUCCUCCUCCUCAACAUAUACUACAACAGCAAAGGCCUCAUUUCCCUUCACCUUUUUCCUAUGGUCACAGUCAUACCCUUCCUUCUAUUACAAACUUUCAACCACUCUCUUCUUCUGCUUUUCGUAUACCCAGUAUAAGUGAUAUGGUUUCCCCUCCAUCACUACCUCCUCCUCUUCCUCCUCCAGAAAUUAUAAAUGAACCUUUAAAUCGAUAUAAUCAAAAAGACUUUAGAAAUGCUAUUGAUUAUGUUAACAAAAUUAAAAAUCGAUUUUUUUCUACAAAGCCAGAAAUUUAUACACGGUUUUUAGAAAUUUUACAAAUUUAUCGAAAUCAAAACGAAUCAACUUCAAAAGUAUAUCUUCAUAUGAGGGCCUUAUUUGAAGUUGAAGAACCUAUGAACAAGCGUAUAAAGAGAUCAGAUUCUCCCAUUGAAAGCACUAGUACUGAUUCUUUGCCUCCUCAUUUUAAUCCUAAUACAAGUAUGAUUACCAAAGAAGAAAUUGAACUCUUUGAAAAAAUCAAAAGACAUAUUGGUAAUAAACCUAGCUAUGAAGCCUUCUUAAAGACCCUUCAGUUAUAUACAUUGGGUAUUAUCAAGUUAGAUGAGUUGAUAGAACAAGUUGAAAAGGUCUUUUUAGCUUAUAGUCCUCAUUUACUUCAUCUCUUUAAGAGGGUGGUUGGUUAUGAUGAAAGUAAACAGAAGAUUCCAAAGGCUGUGAAUGGCCCCAAAAAACCAGAUCUUAAUCAAUGUCAGCCUGUCAAAUCAAGUCCAAGCUAUCAUGCUGUACCCAGGGAAUGGCAAAAAAUAGAGUGUUCAGGUCGAGAUCAGUUAUGUUGGGAGGUUCUAAACGAUGAAUAUGUCUCUCAUCCUAUUUGGGCUAGUGAAGAUACAGGUUUUGUUGCCUCUAAAAAGAAUCAAUUUGAAGAAGCACUUCAUCAAUGUGAAGAAGAGAGAUAUGAGUACGAUCUUCUUAUUGAUGCCAAUUUACAUGUGAUUUCUUUGCUAAAACCUAUCCUAGCUCAAACAGAAUUACAACCAAUAGAGGAUCGUCAUCAUUACUGCUUACAAUUAGUCCAUCAGGAUCUUCAAUCCUCUUCUACUUUACGAUCGAUUGUUACAAAGGUGUAUGGAGAACGAGCAUCAGAAAUUAUUCGGUUACUCUAUCAACAACCAUGUCAUGUCCUUCCAACACUCAUACGUCGUCUUGAAAUAAAAGAUAAAGAAUGGAGACGAGGUCGAAAAGAAUGGAAUAAGAAAGUCUGGCGUGAAUGGGAUGAAAAGAACUUUUAUCGAUCAUUAGAUUAUCAAGCGAAUACGUUCAAGUUAACUGAUCGUCGUGCUAUUUCCACAAAGUCACUUCUUUUACAGCAAGAGACGAUCACUGACUUUCCAUUUAUGUUAUGUAAGGAACCAGUACGUGUGAUGAAAGAUAUGAUUCAUUUGUUAUGUAUCUUUAUGAAUAGUCAACAAUACGGUCAUUAUUCAAGUUCUGAAAAGCGAGCCAUUUGUGACUUUUUGCAAGAGUCAUUUGUACCCGUCUUUUUCUCUUCUUUAAACGUAUCCAUGUCCUCUUCUUUCAUGAUCGAUAUAAAGGAAAUGAUGGAUGAUGAUAGUGAACCCCUCAGCGAAAACGAUCAUCAUCAAUCAUCAUCAUCUUCAUCACCUCUCAUGAGUCCCUCUGCAAAUUUACAACAGCAACAUAUUAAUUAUUAUUUUUGUAAUUCAAAUUAUUAUUGUUUGUUUCGCUUAUAUUAUAUGUUCUAUGAACGAUUAUGUAAGAUAAAAUCUAUAAGUGAAGAGAUUGAAGAAUACCCUGAAAGGGGUAAGAAAUUGAAUUCAGUUGCAGCUCGUCUUGAUCUAAUAUCAAAUCGAUUUGAAGAUAUUGAUUUAUCUAAAAGUUAUUAUGAUGCUUUAUUGGAUAUUAUUGAACGUUUUUUCGAAGGAGAUUAUGAUCAACAAACAUUUGAAGAAAAUGCCCGUUUCGUUUAUAGCAUUGAUGCUUAUAUUAUGUUUACAAUUGAUAAAUUAUUACAUACACUUAUUAAACAGGUUUCUUUCUUUUUUUUAAAAAAGAAAAAAAUCAAAUGAAGGCUAAUCUAUACCUAUAUUAGAUUCAAGUGGUCAUGGUUGAUAAAAAAUCAAUUGAAUUAUUAGACUUAUUAAAGAAUGGCGAUCAUAAUGAAUC